AUGUACUUGCCAGUAAUUCACUCCGUCCUUGCGGAUAUUCUCUUGGCUCGUCUCGAUAGAUCUGAGGAAAUCGAUUUUGAUGGACCUAGCGAGAAUACGUCAACACGGCGCAGAAGUCAGAGAUCAAAUUCUCAGAAUUCGUCGUAUUCUCAUCUUGCGCGUUGGUUGAAACCGAAACGACGAAAGACAGCUUCCUCUUCAACAAAUUUGGAGAAAUUGUCAGUAUCUGAAGUCCCAGGAGUUCCUCAUCUCCUUAGCACAGUGGAAGAUCUCUCUUAUCACCAACCGAGCCUCAGCAGCGCAUUUCAAUACUCCAGAGAGAGAUGGACUCGCAAUGGGAGUUCCUCGAGUAACCAUUCAGUGUUUCCAAUUGGGUCACGCAUUCAUAUCUCCGAAUUAUCCAAGCCGUUCCUGAAGGACUCUGAAUUCGCGCCCCCUUCACCAGUCAUCGACAAAGGUCCACCUCAGCUAGAUCCUCUUCCUGACAUGUCUAGCUGUAGCCUGGAAAGAUCAUAUACUUUACGAGCUUGCAUAGAAGCGGCACCGGAUGAUAAGCGUCUGGAAGACAAAUCGCCGCGCUCCACUACUAAGCGUGAACGCAUCACAACUCGUCCCAAGGUCUCGGCAGCACUUACAUCACAACCGGUAGGGCGGAAGACACUAUCUAUCACCAGGCCCUCGUCCUCUUGCGAUUUAGUCGCUCCUGCGACAAUAGUCGGCUCACUUCGUCGUUUUAACAAAUCUGGAGGCUAUAGCCACCCGCAAAGAGGUCAGAUUCCGUCAAACUGGACUCAGGGUAAUUUCGGCAUAUUACUGUCUAUGCAAGAUGAUUCCAUGCAAGAACCUGGCCAAUGCUCGCCAUCGCGGUGGACCUCGGCCACCACGUUUCAACUACCCACAAAUUUACUCAAGAGUUCGUACUUGGCUGUCAAAGAAGGCGAUAAACCGUCAGCCACACAUUCAUCAACGUCGAAUACGCAAUCACAGCUCUCAGAUCGAUCAUCCAGCCAAGGCAGCAGGUCAAUAUAUCGCACCGUGGCCUCGAAUCUCUACCUUGAUUCGUUGCCUCAAUUCGAACUUAAGUGA